AAGUACUAGUAUCAGCGAUCGACAUCAUGAUGCCCAAGAAAGGUAAAGAGUUAGAUGUGCCAGCCGGGAAUCGAACCCGGGUCUGCACCGUGCUGCAUGGCAGGGUGCUAUUCUACCACUAGACCACUGGCACUAAGCAGAUGAUACAAUGUGUCACCAAAGCUGUUUUUCUUUCUCUUUCGGUUUUCCUCUUGCUAGAAUGCGCGCAUCCUCGCCUUCUCCUGCGUGACAUUCCCUCCCUCUAUGUACGCGUUACUAUCCAGGUAGGUGCUGGAGUCGACCUUGGUAAUGGAGCCGUUCCGUCUGAUGCUCCAUCCGUCCCUCUCCGUACGCGUUAUUAUCUCAGGUGCAGGAGUCGGACCCGUAAUGGAGCCGUUCCGUCUGAUGCUUCAGCACGACAUCGGCGGAGUGCCCGUGGUGGCGCCGGGGACCAACCGCAUCACGGCAAACAUCAGCGCGAGGGACAUUCUGCAGCUGCUGACGUCACCGCACCCUGGCGGAGCAGCACCACCUCAAGCCGCUGACGGUAGCAGAUCUCCUGUAUGACGCGCAGCGCCCGCACCACGGCACGGCUGACGUCAUCUGGCCGAUCAUGGUGCCACCAGUCACAUGCCACCCGUCCACCUCGCUGCGGGAGGUGCUGCACGCAUUCCGGGUGGCGCGCGUGCACCGCAUAUACGUCACCCAGGAGGGGGGGUGAGAAGAGUGGGGAUCUGCUGGGAGUGGUCACGCUGAAGGAUGCAAUUGGGCGGUUUCUUGGUGCGGCAGGAGGAAGAAAAGAGGGAGAGGAGGGGAGAGGACAAAGAGGCGUUCCCAACCACCACCGAGGUUGGUUCGGAUGGGCUCAGCCUGUAGGGGGUGGAGGGUGGUACGCCUCCGCCUCACCACCCAGAGGGAGGUGCUGCAUGCGUUCAGGGUGGCGCGCGUGCACCGCAUGUACGCCACUGAAGAGGCGAAAGGCAGUGGGGGGGGGAGUGGGGAGCUGCUGGGAGUGGUCACGCUGAGGGAUGCGAUUGGGCGGUUCCUGGUGCGGCAGGAGGAAGAAAAGGGGGAGGAGAGGAGGGGAGAGGGGAAAGAGGAGCCGGUCCGACCACGGAGGUUGGGUCGGAUGGGCUCAGCCUGUAGGGGGGAGGGAAGCGGAGGGAAGGUCACGGAAUGGGGAGGGCAGGGCACGUGCCACCUGUCCCCCGCGCUGAGGGAGGUGCUGCCUCUGCACGUGUUCCGAGUGAUGAGCGUGCACCGCAUAUACGUCACACAGCACAUACCAUAAGAUGGGCUUGACCUUCAGGGGGAAGGGCGGCGAUGGGAGGGAGGGGAGGGAGCGGAGGAGGAAGGCAUUGGGGUUAACGGCUAUGCUCAAUGGGCCCCUAUGGAAUGGAGAAGAGAUUGUGAGUUGGUGUUCCGGCUGUUGCGAACAAUGCUGCUGGCUUGCGUGUGUGUGUGGUUGGGGUGGCCUAGAUUCCGGCCGCUGCUGUUGGAUGUGUGCUGUGUGCUGUGUGCUGUGUGCUGUGGCGCUCCCUUCCCACAACUCUGGCAACAGGAGAAGUCGAGUCCAGACACAGUGGUGCAUUUUGUGUACAUAUCUACCAAACACCCACCCUUGAUGGCUUCCUGUUUCCGGAAGAACUGACUGAACCCUGAUAUGCUGUCUUAAUCUUUGUACAUACGCUGCCCGGCAAUCUAAUGUGUUCAUCUCCAUUGAUUGGGGUGGGAAGUAGACAUGGGCUUGGUUGCUGUAUGUAAAACACUCUGGCUGGCUGGCACCAAAUGC